AUGGCGCUUGGAGUCCUUAAAAAUGCUCUUUACCUCGUGGGAUACUCGAGUAACAUGCAGAUAUACAACGUAAAGUGCGUAAUAUCAAAACACUUGCGCCAUGAAAACGGUUGGGAGAUGAGAAAUCUGAAUUAUAUGUUUCCCGUUGUGAACAUCAUGAGGAGUUGGCUGUCAGCAAAGGACAAGUACAUGAUACGCAAUUACGACGACAACUCGCUCGUUCUCUCAGAACUGACUGAAUCUAGUUCACCAUGCUCGCUGUGGGCGACAAGAGACUAUCUGGAAAAAAUCCUGGAGACAACAAACAGAACAUUUUAUUUGCAAUGCCCAGAUCCUGUCUACACCUUUUUCAGACGAGUGCUUUAUGAAUAA